ACAAAACUUAACCACAAAAGUAGAAAUAAUUGAGCUCAUGAACUCGCAGACAGAAAAGGAAACUCCGAUGAACCUGCAGUCGUGCUAAAAUUGGCGGUGUUUGGGAUUGAUAAAGAAUCAUAAACCUCAGUCGAGAUGGCAGCAGGCUCUGUUUCUUCAUCACAAGUUUGCAGAUUCGCGACCAAUUUCCGUAUUUGGAUUGCUUCCAACUCCAUCACCGCUUCCUUCAUCGUUGUGCCUUUGCUCACUGUCAAACUCAGACAUAUUCAACGACAAAUUCCCAGUCGAGAACCAGAGGCGCAGGGAGCUCCAACGAGAGGCUAACCAGAUUCGACUGAGAAAACACAUCUCAUGAAUCACAAGUGUUAGGGUUUGAAUGAUGAGACGAUGGUGUUCGAUGAAAUGCCCCACUGAAAUGUACUUAGUUACCUGAAUUAAUGACAUGAAGUCAUUAGCCUCUUUCUUCAUCAAUGAGGAUAUGAACCUUUCACAGAUUAAGAAUCCUACACCUAGAGCUGAAGCAGGAAGGAGUUUAUCUGCACCCAUUUCUUGCAUUCCAUGGAAGAAAAUCAUUCAUUAGUCAUUCUUGAUUGAGUGGUUGUGUGAUCGAAGAGAUUGUAUGUCUGAAAGGGCCAAGAAUGAAGGAAGUAGCAGUGGGAUCUGUAAACAAGACAAGACCCAGUUUUGGAAUCCUGCAAUUGAUCUUUCAUCAAUCUCUCCUUCAGUUUGGCAACUCAUGGGGAAAGUUUUUGAGUUGUUAUCUAGAAGCAACAAGAUUUGGGAAUAAUCAUGGAAGAACAGAGAAAAAUGAGGUUGAUGCUGCAAAUUGUAUUGCUAUUGUUGUUAAUGUUAUAUACAAGAAUGGGUGGAGGGGAGUCCCUGUCGAAGCCCGGUUGCCCCGACACAUGUGGAAACAAUGUCACGAUCCCGUACCCUUUUGGCAUCGGUGCAGAGUGCAGCGCCAACGAAUACUUCAGAGUGGCGUGCGACAACACGACCAACCCCCCAAAGCCAUUCUUGGAGUACAUGAGCUUGGAAGCGCUCGAAUUCUCGUUGGACAGGAAGGUAGUUCGACUGUUACAAGGCGUCUUCCCUAUAAACUGCUCCACCAACACGGUGAUCCUUGUCGGGAAGACAGUCAGCCGCAGCACCCCUUUCAGGUACUCGAGCCUCUACAACCGGCUAGUUGUCAUUGGUUGUGGGAACGAGGUGAGAAUGCUCGACUAUGACACCACGAACGGGAGAAUACCCUCCUUCGGAGGGUGUAACCCGAUCUGUGGAUCUACCUCGCCAAGCUGCAACGGGAUAAACUGCUGCCAGACGACACUGCCAUCGCUGUUUGAAGAGGCCGAGGUGUUCUACAACUCCACCGGCAAUGGCCGUGCUGGGAGUGUCUGCGGGUACACAUUCUUCAGCGAUCAGAGAUGGCUAGAGAGGGAUUACUUUAGAUACUUGAACCGCAGUGGCGGCAACUGGACUUCCUUUCUGCUCGAGAUGUCGUCCGGGAUGACUGUCCCGUUGAUACUCGAGUGGGAGCUCGACGUGUCCAAUGCCACAACGUCUCUCCAGGGGGUCAAAUGCAUGAACGAGAGCGUCUACUUCGCAGCCUCCCUGGACGACGACGCGAGCAACUUUAUCAACACGACUCGAUGCAACUGCGACAACGGCUUUCAGGGGAACCCCUAUCUGCCGGGAGGGGGCUGCAGAGACGUCGACGAAUGCAGCAAUUCGUCGUUAAACAACUGUGCAUUCGGGCAUUGCGUCAACACCUUCGGGAGUUUCGUGUGUAAGGACGGUGGCGGCCGGACAAAUUCAGCGCUUAUAGGCAUCAGUAGCGCCACCGGCGGGCUGAUCCUGCUCGGAGGGGCGUGGAUUUUCUCCAAAGUUAUAAGGAGAAGAAUCAAAGCCAACCGGAAGAAGAGAUUCUUUAAGCAGAACGGUGGCAUCUUGUUGGAACAGAAGCUCUCCUCCAACGAUGGCGGCGGCGAGAACAUAACGCUGUUCGCCUCCAAAGAACUGGCGUUGGCCACGGAUCACUACAAUGAAAACCGCGUGCUUGGCCGUGGCGGGCAGGGCACGGUCUACAAAGGGAUGUUGCCUGACGGAAGGCUCGUCGCGGUGAAGAAGUCGAAGAAGAUGGAACAAGUCGACAUGGAAGCAUUCAUCAAUGAAGUCGUGAUCCUAUCCCAAAUCAGACACAGGAAUGUGGUGAGGCUGCUGGGAUGUUGUCUGGAGACCGAGGUCCCUCUCCUGGUGUACGAGUUCGUCCCGAACGGCACGCUCUUCGAGCACAUCCACGAGCACAACGACGAGUUCCCGUUGUCGUGGAAGAUGCGCGUGAGGAUCGCUGCAGAGGCGGCGGCCGCCCUCUCGUACCUGCAUUACGCUGCAUCUGCUCCCAUCUAUCACAGAGACGUGAAGUCGACCAACAUACUCUUGGAUGAGAAAUACCGCGCGAAGGUGUCGGAUUUCGGGACAUCGAGGUCCGUGGACCUCGAUCAGACGCACGUGACGACAAGGGUGAUGGGGACGUUCGGGUACUUGGAUCCGGAGUACUUCCAGUCGAACCAGUUCACAGAGAAGAGCGACGUAUACAGCUUCGGAGUGGUGGUGGUGGAGCUUUUGACAGGGGAGAGGGCAGUGAGAGCUGAUGUGGGGAGGAGUUUGGCUGCGCAUUUCUUGCAAUGCAUGGAAGAGAAUCGGGUGUCGGAGAUUCUUGAUCCCAAGGUUGUGAAAGAAGGGCGGCGGAAAGAGGUGGCGGCCGUCGCUGAGCUUGCCCGGAGAUGCCUGCAUUUGAACGGCAAGAGCAGGCCGACGAUGAAGGAGGUGUCGGCGGAGUUGGAAGGUAUUCGAAUGAUGGAAGAUGGCCACAUUUUGGAAUUACAACAGCAACAAGAAGAUGUGGGAUUUCAUAGUAUUGAGAUUGCUGAGGAAUACAAAUUCUCAGACACCACAACUUUCAACUCCAUCACUACUGCAGAAUCAUCCGACUCACCUCUCCUCUCCUCUUUGGAAGCUCAUCAAAAUUGACUUUUGUGAUGCAGUGAUUGAGGUCUUAUUUUAUAAUUAUGAGAUUUUAUUUAUUUUUUAUUUUUAUUAGUUAGACUUUAUUUGUUUUUAGAUAAGUAGUAUCAUAUUAAACCUCAUAUUAUAGUAUAUCAUUUUUUUAUCAAAAAUAUAUAUCCUGAACUGUAAAUACACCAAACUAUUAGGUUUGUAUCAAAUGUCUUGCGUUCAUUUUCUGAUAUCAGGAAUCAUGACGUGGCUCGUCGGAUGUUAUCAUGUAAUUUAUAUUUUAUUGUUUUAAAUGACAUGAUAUCAUUUUGUUUUAA